CUCAGGCGCACUUUCUAAAAGAUCCGUCUUUAAUACCUCAGCGUGACGUUUGAGUGGAACAUGAAAAUACCCGAUGAACAAGCAGAUUUUGUUAGCUCUCUUUUUAUCUGUCUGAAACGAUGAAAUUGUCUUGAUCAAAUGGGUAAAUGCAUCAGACUUAGAGUAGGUUGUUGUAUAGGUAAUUUGAAGGAAUAUGGGCAAACUCCAGUCAAAACAUGACUGUAAGCGCAGAGAAAACCCUGAAGGUGGUAGUUUUGCUGCGAACGCGCUUACCUGUCAGGGAGAACGUGGCCGCUUGAGAACCUCCACCCACGCGAUCAAACCGAAACAGGAGUUUUGUGGCAAGGACCUGAAGAACACUCAGAUCCAUACCAGUGACUGCAACCUAGAGGUGGCCCUGCCCUUAGAGAGGGGAGGUGACAGCGAACACAACCGCAGUCACACAGGGUCAGACCUCCCUCACCAGGAAUGGAUCUUCACUCUCCACUGCUUUGACAACAGUGGCAAAGUCACCAAGGAGGGCAUGUCUAGGCUGAUGCACUCCAUCUAUGAGGUGGUGGAAACGUCCAUCAAGCAGCCCACCAAUGGGAGCACAGCCCUGAGGGUCAAACUGGUGUUGACCCCGGUCAGCCAAUCAGACAGGCUCUCUCAGUCAGAUCACGACACGGGUCACACACAGGAAGUAGGAAGAACAGACAGGAAGUACUGUGUAGAUGAGAACAUAACAGACAGGAAGUACUGUGUAGAUGAGAACAUAACAGACAGGAAGUACUGUGUAGAUGAGAACAUAACAGACAGGAAGUACUGUGUAGAUGAGAACAUAACAGACAGGAAGUACUGUGUAGAUGAGAACAUAACAGACAGGAAGUACUGUGUAGAUGAGAACAUAACAGACAGGAAGUACUGUGUAGAUGAGAACAUAACAGACAGGAAGUACUGUGUAGAUGAGAACAUAGACCGCAGGAAGCACUAUCUGGACCUGGCCGGGAUCGAGAACUACUCCUCACAGUUUGACGACACAGAGGCCACAUCCCAGGAGCCAGGACACGGCCGCUCAGCUCACCAGCGCCGCCUAGUGGGGGUGAGAAAGAACUGCAGCGCCACCAAGUCCCAAGGCAGAGGCCUGUCGUUUCUCAGGUCCCUCCAGGGCAGGACGGCGGGAGGAGGAGGAGGGGGGACCAAGUCCACCAGGUUUCAUGGCCAACAGCCCCAGCCUGCCCUGGGGCCCCAGCCCCAGCCUGCCCUGGGGCCCCAGCCUGCCCUGGGGCCCCAGCCUGCCUUGUGGCCCCAGCCCCAGCCUGCCCUCCAGCACGCCCGCAUCAAGCGGUUUCGGUCAAGGGCCCAGGAAACUGCAGGCUCCUCUUCCAGGCCCCAGCUCUUCCACCACCAGCCUCCUGGCCUCCAGGCUGGGCCAGGGGAAGGGAGGGAGGUGUUGCCCAGCCAGCCAGCCUCCUAUGGGGGCUUAGUCUCCUUGGCACAGAGGCACCACCUCCACCAUCACGAGCACCACCAUCACCACUACCACUACCAACCAACAUGACUGCUGUCC